UGCGGGAGGGCCGCGUGCUGUACCUCAGCGGCGAGUUCCCAGAGCACCCGGUCGUGGUGCGCCUGGCGCUGCACAGGAACGGCUUCGCCUCGGAGCCGCUGGGCCCCCUCGAGGGCGCGCCGGCCCACCCGGGCGCCGCCGCCGUUGCGCGCCUCAGCGUCUGCUGGUCGCCCUUUGCCCUCGUGCAGGCGUGCCGGCUGCACACGGUGGAGGCGGACCGGGCGCUGGGCGGCGGCGUGCGGCUCUUCAAGAUCUCCGUGUUCCACCACGGGGUCACGCACGCGUUCGCCACGCAGGGCCCGGCAGCGGACGAGGAGCGCGCCCGGUGGGUGGCCGACAUCGCGCGGGCCAUCCGCUUGCUCACCCAGUCGCUGUUCCCCGCCUUCACCCUGCGCGCCUACCCGCUGGAGGGCGCCUCCUGGACCGCGAUGAGGCUCCUGGCAGGCUACCUGCUGCUCUGCGACACCUGGGGCGUGGCCCUGGUGUACGCGGAGCUGCACGCGUUCUGGGACGGCGUCGCGAUGUUCUACGCCUACCAGGAGCUGGGGCGUAACCAGAUGGUGAUGCCAGGUAAGAACCCCUAA